AUGCAUGAGAUGAUACAAAUAUACAGAAUAAAGGUUUUGCUCUGUGUUUUUGGAGUUAGUGUUGCAGUGCCGCAAUAUAAUUAUGCAAGACCUAGUCAUGGUGGUAGCUUUUCAUCUGGAUUAGGAUCCCUUGGUGGAGCAGGUGGAUUUGGUGUUCAUGGAGUCAAUGGAGGUGGUGGUUUCGGUGUUGGAAAUUUGGGUGGCGGAGGCGGUAGUUUCGGUGGUGGAAGUAUUGGAGGUGGUAGUUUUGGUGGCGGAAGUCUUGGUGGUGGUCAUUUUGGUGGCGGUGGAAGUGGUCGUCAUUUUAGUGGUGGACAUAUCGGCGGUGGUUUUGGUGGUGGUUUUGGCGGUGGAUUUAGUGGAAGUUCUGGCGGAUUUUCUCAUGGAGGUGGACAACAAACUAUUGUCACUAAGCAAUUCUUCAUUCAUUCAGCACCUGAAGAACAAGAUGAAAUUGGUGCUGAUAAAGUUAUUAAUUUAGGGCCAGGACGUAAACAUUACCGAGUUGUAUUUAUCAAAGCACCACACCAAGGCGUACAAGCAGGUCGUGUUAGAUUCCAAGCACCAGCCAAUGAAGAAAAGACUGUUAUUUAUGUAUUAAGCAAGAAAACCGAUGUUUCAGAUAUUCAAGCUGAUGUACAGCAAGCUCAUUCUGAACCAGCUAAACCAGAAGUAUUCUUUAUCAAAUAUAAGACCCCUGAAGAAGCUGUACAUGCCCAAAGACAAAUUCAAGCUCAAUAUGAUUCAUUGGGAGGCACAUCACAAAUAUCUGAUGAAGGUGUUGCACCUAUAACAUCUGUUGUUGGUGCUUUAGGAGGUGGUUCUGGUCAUGGUGUAUCUUCCGGUCAUGCUGGAGGUUUUACCAGUGGAGGGAGUAUUGGUGGUGGAUCUUUUGGUUCUGCUGGUGCUGGCAUUGGUGGUUUCACUGGCGGUAAUGUUGGAGGUACUGCAUAUUUACCACCUCAUCCAUAA